AUGAUCUUUUCGCAACGUCUAAAGUCUUCGGCGCAGUGCCUCCCGAGUCCUGACGGCAGCCACAUCGCCACCCUCUUCGCGUCGGUUGUCAAUGUUCGGGCUGUGCGCGGUCUGGAAGUGGUCAAUGUGGUCAAGCUGCCGCCUGACUUUGCGGGCCCUGUGCUGAGCUUCAGCUGGUCGCCCUCGUCGCGCCUGCUACUUGUCGCUGGCGUCGACCAGAUCCAUGUUGUCUCGGCUCUCGACACUAGCAGCAGCAGUUUCCAUGCCACCAUCAGGAAUCCAGUUGCCCCUGGCACGAGGCCAGCCUUUGUCGGCUUCGGUACCUCAGACGCCGAGAUCUGCGUACUUUCUUCUUUCGGCCUCAAGUUUGCCGUCUACGACCUCGCCUCGUCCAAGGCCACCGAGAUUGCCAGCCCCAAGUUCUUUUCCCCCUCGGUUGCAUGCAGAUGCUUCUCGUUUCGGCCCCAGACACGCCAUCUGGCCCUGCUGACAAGAGUCGCGGGUAAGGACAUGCUGAGCAUCCACGGCUUUCCCGCCAGGGAGCUGCAGAGGUCCUGGGCCUCCGACACGGUGGAUGCGCAAGGCGUCGUCUGGAGCCCCGACGGGAGGUGGCUCGUUGUCUGGGACUCGCCUGCCCAAGGGCACAGGGUCCUAUUCUACACUCCUGACGGGCAGGUAUUUAAAACCUGGUUAGGGCCCGCGAGCCCACCCCCCAAAGACCGAGACUAUACUGUAGGUGCCGGUGUAAAGUUUGUACAGUUCUCGGCAGACGGCCGCCAUCUCGCAAUCGGCGAUUGUAGCAGGUCAUUAUGCGUCCUUGGCAUGGCGUCAGUCACCGAGGCCCUACGUCUACAGCACCCAAGCAGCCUUGUCCCUAGGGACACGCUUCAGGUCUGGCAAGAACAAAUCGGCAUCUCACAUGCAGGGCCUUCCAUCCACACCUUCCUAAGGACCGCGCAGGUUGUUUCCCCGGCGCCACGCCCCCAGGAUAGCUCCGAGCCGCUAUUGGGAUUUGCCUCGAUUGCCUCUGACUCGUCUUCUGCACUUGUGGCUACGCGGCUGGAAGACUAUCCCAGCACCGCCUGGAUUUGGGAUGCCCAAGCUGCAGAGCUCCGAGCCGUGCUCCUCUUCCACGGUAAUGUCCGCCGUCUGUCAUGGCAUCCCAACAUUCCAGAGACGCUCCUCAUCGUGUGCGAAGGCGACCAAUACAAUGGCAUUGUAUUUGUCUGGGACCCUCUCUCCGAGGGACCACGUUCGGUGGAAUUCUCCCAACACUUUUCUGGCCCUUCAUCCGUCCGUGCCUUGUGGCUUGGCCUGGAUGCCCCAAGCCCACCUUCUCUUUUUCUCUCGGACUCUAAUAACUACCUACUGGCCUCUCUCGUGGAAGCGGACCAGGACUCACCAUGGGGCAACCAAGUCAGCACCCAGCCGAUGAUUGCGGCGAGACGAGAGGAGUCGCCCCUUGAACUCGUUCCGGCCGUCGAGGCUAACUUAGAUCCUCGAGGCUCUGGACAACAGAAAGAUGACAGCGAAUUAGAGGAUACAUUCCUCCACAAACAAUAG